AAAUUCCUCGCCAUUGAGCCACUUAUCUAUGAAAAUAUGCAGAUGCAAAACUAAGAGAAGGUAAAUAUUAUUGCUACCAGCAAAUUAUUCCAGUACAAGUCAUCUUGUCCCGCUCUUGACCAUACCAACUUGUCUUAGUUGUCUACGAACUAGUGUCACGGUCAACAGAAAUUCUCCGGGAGCAACCAUAACCAUCUCUGCAACAUCCUUUACCUUCUCUGUGAAACUCCCUCCUUCUCUCUAUCUCUGUUUCAUCUGUGAUGGAGAGUAGUGAAGAAAACAACAAACCCACUUACCUCUACGAAUCCCCUUCUUCACCAACUCAACCCUUGCUCUCUAAACCACCGUACUUUCAAUCUCCGAUCGAAGAACCCACAACCCACGUUGACCAAGAACCAUCGGAAGAAGACCCGACCCAGUACCUGCACAUAUCCUACAACUUCGGGGUAAGACCUUUCAAGGACCUGCCUUUCCUCAUCCUCUUCUUUAUCGUCGUCCUCGCCACUUUCGGUUUCGGCAUCUUCUGCAUCUUCCACAGAAACAUCAAUUACGCCAGUCUAUCCUCUUAUAGUUACGAUUCCAAUUCGACUUCUUGCGUCAAAGACUCGCUAUCGUCUAAUAGUGAAGAGCAAUUUUUCCAGUACUUGUUGUUUUAUUCUAGCUCGAGUUCGGUUUUGAAGAAUUUGAUAUGGGCGCUUGUAAUUACUUUGAUUUUGAGUGUGCCCAUUUGCUUUCUACUCCUUUUGUUGCUUAAGCAUUACGCCAAACAGAUUGUUUACGUCUGUCUUCCUUUCUUUGUUGUGAUACCCAUCUUUCUCAAUGUGUAUUGGUUCGUUGCCUGCACGGUUAGCUCCACUUGUAGCGACUCGUUCCCUUUCUUGUAUAGGAUUUUGGUACUUGUGUUCGUGUUUGUUGUGAUUGGGGUAAUUGUGUGGAUAUUCGUGGCUAAUUGGCACCGAAUUGAGCUGACUGUGAGGAUAAUUGGGGUUGCAUCUGAUGCCUUAUCGAAGAAUCUGGGAUUGUUUCUUGUGUUGCCACUAUUGUCGCUUUCUCUUGUGGCCUAUUAUGCUCCAAUUGUGGUGUUUUUGGUCUUUGCAACAUUGAAUGGAAAGAUUGUGCCGAAAGAAUCAAAUGCAGAUUACACUUGUGUUUGGAAGCAAGAUAGCUGGGUCCCUGCUUACUUUGCUUUGUCAAUAUUGACGAUGUUGUGGUCUUUGACAGUAAUGGUGGAAGCUCAAGUUUAUGUUAUCAGUGGAACUAUUUCACAAUGGUACUUCUCAAAGGAGGAUUCAACUCCUAAGCGAAGCAUAAGAAGUUCUUUGAGAAAUGCAUUUGGCCCCUCAUUCGGCACUCUAUGCCUCUCUGGGCUGCUUUUAUGUGUUGUUCGUGUGGUGCGAGCUGCUGUUGAUAGUGCAAGAGAAGAAGCUCCAGGAAUAGCGAAUCUGAUUUUGCGGUGUUGUGUUAAUGGCUUGCUGACAGCAAUAGAUUUCCUUAACAAGUUCACCAUCAACUUUGCUGCGAUAACUGGUGAAGCUUACUGCAGAUCCGCAAGAAUGACCUAUGAACUUUUGAAGCGUAAUCUUCUCUCAGCAGUUUUUGUGGAGAUUGUUUCCACUCGAUUGUUGGCUGCAAUUACUUUUGUGCUUUCAGCAGUAUAUGCAGUAGCAGCGUGGGCUAUCCUACAGGGCGUGAGCAAUCUCGGCGUUGACUCAUACUUGGUGGCUGUUGUUGCGUGGGCGCUGUUAAUUGCAGUGCUGAGUUUGUUUGUCCAUGUGCUGGACAAUGUGAUAGAGACUGUUUACGUUUGCUACGCCAUUGAUAGGGACCAGGGAGAGAUUUAUAAGCAAGACGUUCAUGAAGUUUACGUUCACCUACCCAUCAGUAAGAAGCACAGGUCCUCUCUAGGCCCUACAACUCUUGGUGUAUAAAUAAGCCUCUCUUUUUUUCUUCGUGUAUUGGUGGUGGUCAUGUUUGUUUUCUGUACAAUGCUGGAAUUGGCAAAUUGUGUAUACAUACUGUUGGUUUUGCACAUGUUUUUGAGGCUUUGUUCAAGGGAGGCUGCAUGUUGGGCCGCUAAGCUUCUUCUA